AGAAAAUUUAUUUCUGAAAUUGAAAAAUAGAAAGGAGGAUCUCGAUCCCUAAUCUUGUCCUCUCUUGUUCUCCGCUCCUCUUCCAGCCCCCUUCGGAAGGGAAAAAGAAAAGAGAAGCGUCUCCAGAUCGGUUCACCGCCUCUCAGCCCCGUCGCGUUCGAAGAUGUCCAGCUUCAGCGGUGACGAGACUGCCCCGUUCUUUGGCUUCCUCGGCGCCGCGGCUGCCCUCGUCUUCUCCUGUAUGGGGGCGGCGUACGGGACGGCGAAGAGCGGGGUGGGGGUGGCGUCGAUGGGGGUGAUGAGGCCGGAGCUGGUGAUGAAGUCGAUUGUGCCGGUGGUGAUGGCGGGAGUGCUGGGGAUAUACGGCCUCAUCAUCGCCGUCAUCAUCAGCACCGGGAUCAACCCUAAGGCCAAGUCCUACUACCUCUUCGAUGGUUACGCCCACCUUUCCUCCGGCCUCGCCUGCGGCCUCGCCGGACUUUCCGCCGGCAUGGCUAUCGGCAUCGUCGGCGAUGCCGGCGUCAG